UAACAGCUAAGUUCAUAUUAGACUUAUCAUAUAUUAGUUCAUGAACUUUUACCUGAAGAUUCUGCACAUCAGACCAAAGAGCAAAUGAGAUUUAGGCCUUCUAAAAAUACCAGUGCCGUUCAUAGUAAGACAACACGUUCCUAGUUGUAAGUGGAUUACAUCAGUUUACCUGCAAGGAGAACUCAGCUUGGCAUGUUCGCCAUUAUCGUUGCCAUUUUCAUAUGACCUGCACUGUGAGUUUUGGACAAAGACUGUAUUUCAGUAUGGGUCAAUCUCAAAGCGAUGAAGACAAGGAAGUGGAGCUAACAGACAUCCAGCCUCUUUACACCAAAUUCAUGAAAGAGUGUCCAAGCGGAGCCUUGCAUCUUCAUGAAUUCCGCAAGAUCUUCGGAGUUCAGAGCACAUCAGAAGAUGAAGCUUUGUACAUGGAAACCCUCUUCAAAUCAUUUGACACAAACAGGGAUGAUGUUAUAGACUUCAUGGAAUUUGUAGCAGCCGUCCACCUGGUUUUAAGAGGAAAACUGGAGGACAGAUUGAAAUGGUCUUUUAAAGUCUAUGACAGAGAUGACAACGGAAAGUUGGACAGACAAGAAGUCAAACGUGUUAUAAAGAUAAUUUGCCAACUUAAGAAAAACAGCAUCGACAUGACACCAAGUGAUAUUUGCGACAGGAUAUUUAAAGUUUUGGAUGAAAAUAAUGAUGGUCAGAUAUCCCUGUCAGAGUUCAUGGAAGGGGCACAGAGAGAUGCCUGGAUUAUGGACCUCUUAAAACUGGACACUAAUGCACGUGGCUGGUUCAGGGAAAACUUGGGGAAAAAAAACAGGAGUUUUCAAUAAGGUCAAGCCCCAUGGGCCAAAACCUGCUUGACCUUUAACAAUCUUUCAAAUGUUGAGGCCUGCAAAUGGAUGAGACCUGGCGUGGAGGUCAGAAAAUAUUUGCCUUCUGUCACAAGCGACGUACGUGCCUCGUCAUACACUUAGCACAUUGAUGUUCAACCAGUCAGCAUGCAUAAAAGCAACUCACGUUUUCUUCUUGGUGUGGUGUUGAUGCUGAUAUUUCAUUACCCAAAAUUAUAUUAAGAGCAUGAAUCAUUUAGUUCUAGAGGGAACUAUAAAUACCAAGUUCUGUCAUGAAACUCUAGAUGGUGCAGGCUGAUGGGUCAUUAACGCAAACUGAUGAUAAUCACAGCGUUAAACUCUUUGGCACAAGCUGAUUGGUUCAUGUUGCAUACGGAGCAAAUGAGCUUACUGCUUUACAUUUAAAUGGCUGGUUAGCAUUCACCAGAGCAUUUCGCAGCGUGCUUUCAGAGUUCCUUUGAAACCCUCCACCUCCCCAGCUCCACCUGUGUAGAUCUGCUACGGGGCUUAAAUACUCACAGCACCGUAUCGGUGUCUGUAUUGGCAGCAGCAAGUACCCUUAGUUGCUUUGCAGCGGCAGCUGCAGUAAUCUACAAUAAUAUCAGUAACCAACAGUGGCAGCAAUUCAGCAGCUUAGCAGAUCUAUUCCACCAAAACCAAAUACAUUAACAUUGCCAUAUCCAUUGCCAUGCUGACAUCUUCUGAGAGUUGUAAUGAUAGUUUUUCUAUUUAACCCAUUUGUAUCAUUUGUAUUUAAGAGGCAUUUUAUUUAAUUAUUUAUGUCACAAUUUUGAUAUUAUCAGACUAGUCAGGUCUACGCAGGCGUGGUAAUAUUACAUGAAUUAAUAUUAUCAAAAUUAUUUUUUUAUAUAUUAUACAUUAUUUAUUUGUCUUUACAGAGCAUCUGAAAUCGACUAUUUAACCCAAGUUUUUGUAAAAAAAAAAAAACAAAAAUAAAAAAAUGGCUUUUAUUUUACUUGUAUUAUUACAGAGGUGAUUAUUUUAUACCAUAAAAUAUAGUGUGUCUAUAUUAUUUAUUUAUUUAUUUAUGCUCAUACAGUACAUCUGUAAUUUUACUAUUUAACAAUUCAUUUUUAUGUAAGAAACAAUGUUUUUUGCUUAUUUCACAAUUAUGCUAUAACAUAUGGAAGCCCGUUUUCGCCACUGAAUAAAACAUGAAAAUAAGGUUUUUGCGAUUGCGACUUUUUAUCUCAUAAUUCUGACUUUUGUCUUCAAAUGUUCAUGAUACAAACUCGCAGUUCUGACUUUUUUUCUCAGAAUUGUGACAUAAACUUGCAAGUGGGAGAUAAAACUCACAAUUCAGACUUUUUUCUCAGUAUUGUGAUAAUUCACAAUUUAGAAAAAAAGUCAGAAUUGUGUGAUAUAAACUCUAUAAAAUCUCACAAUUCACAAUUGUUUCUCAAUUUUUUUAUGAAAACUCGCAAAAGUGAGUUAUAAAGUCAGAACUGCAGGAUAUAAACACAACUCUGACUUUUUUUUUGUCUCACAAAUGCGAGUUUAUAUCUUCAAUUCUGAUUUUUUUUUUCAGAUUUGAGAGAUAUAAACUCGCAAUUGCGAGUUAUAAAGUCCAGUUUUAAGGGGAAAGUUUGCAUCUCACAAUUCUGAAUUGCAUGUUAUAAAGUCAGAAUUGUGAGUUUAUGUCUCACAAUUCUGACUUUAUAACUUGCAGUUGCAAGUUUAUAUCUCCCAAUUCUGACUUUUAAAUUCGCAAUUGCGACCUUAUAUCACAAUUCUGAGAAAAAUUCAGAAUUGUGAGUUUGCAUCACAGAAUUCUGAGAGAUGUAGACUCACAAUUGUGAGAGAAAAAGUCAGAAUUGUCAGAUAAAAAGUUGCAAUUACCUUUUUUAAAAAAUGUUGUUUAGUGGCGGAAACAGGCUUUCAUAAUAAUCAGAUUAUAUUAUAAUAAUAAUCAAAUAAAACAAUAUUUUUUUGAAUAAUUAAAUAAAAAAUGUCAUACAAU